AUGUCUUCGCCCAAAAACGACAUUCUCGCCGAAAUUCCAACCGAAGAUUUGCCAAAGCUGGCCCUUUUGUUUGAGAAACACGUUGACUGGGCGCCCCAUGUCUCAAAUCUAAUAAAAACGGGAAUUUGUCUCAAGCAGUCCCACAAGUAUUGUAAUUACAUUACGUUUUUAUCUGUUGAGACAGCUUGGACGGAAGAUGGCACAAUAAUUAUCUUACAAACGUUUCAUUGUUACAACAUAUUUGUAUUCACUUUGGACGAACAGUGCAUAAAUUUACGUCGAGGUCUCAGCUCAACAAAUCUCCUAAAUUACAAAAAUGAACACGCUGUGUUUUUUUGUGUUCACGAAAAACACAUCCCUGUUAUAAAUCAGGUGAUUACAGACUUAAAUCUAAAGGCCACAAAAUCGCACGUGCCGUAUUUAAUGUACGCACUGGCGCCGGAAGUGGGCCGCAAAACUGGGACACCGUCAGGUGUCAAAGUGCAAAAAUUGCAUUUAGGUUUGGUGGAGCAGAUUAAUUCAGCCUGGCCUUACAAUUUCAAAGGAUCCGAGGAUUAUAUUGGGUCUCUUAUUGAAAUGUAUGGGGGCUAUGGGUUGUUUUUGGACGAAACGAACGAAUUGGUGGCUUGGAUCUUGAGAUACAAUUUGGGUCACGUUGGAAUCCUUCAAACGAAGGAUAAAUACAAGAAGAGGGGAUUUGGGACACAUGUGACCAAAGUUUUGGUCGAUAAUAUUGUCAAAGAGGGGAACCGGCCGUUUGCAACUAUAAGUGCAACAAAUUUUGUUUCAGUUUCUUUGUUUGAAAGGCUGGGGUUUGAAAAUAUCGGGGAAUGUUCGUUUUUCAAGCUUUCGGGGUUUAAGAAUUGUGACGCUUGUAUUAAAUAAGCAAAGAAAAAUGGGUUUUUUGCUUUGUUUUAUAGAAAAUGACUAUUGCUCCCUAAUUUAAAGGUGAAUAAAGUGGUGUAAGUUCGUA